AUGGAGCCCAUCACUAACACAGCUGGGACAGGAGACGCUCACUCUCAGAGGCCAGGCUGGAAGUUUGUGGCAAAGCGAGGAGCCCCGUCGCAGUUUGUGGGGAGCACCAUCAUGGUCUUAUCCACUUAUACCAUCGCUACGCUGACGAUGAACUUUGGCAAAAACAUCCAGGAAAGAAGAUCGAGACCAAAUGGAAGCUAG